AUGGCUGAACAGAGAAAGAAAGCUGGAGGUAGGGGGAAAGGUUUCGGUGCUCAAAUGUCUGAUGAGCCUAGUUCGACGAUGGCUAAAAGCAAGCACUCUAACCUAGCUGAUUUAGUGCGUAUGGAGAUGAAGAAAUACAUGAAGGAGGAAAUACCACUUCAUCCUUUAAAGAUCAACUAUGCACAGCUCGACAAUUUUGCAGGUAGCAGUGCAAUUUCUGCCUUUGGUCUUUCUAAUUCUUGGAUAAUAGACAGUGGUGCAACACAUCACAUAUGUGCAGAUUUUAAACUGUUCCAUUCUUACACUAAACUCACUAACCCAAUGAUCAUACACCUGCCUCAUGGACACUCACAAUCAGUUUCACACAUUGGUUCAUUGCAUCUUUGUUCCAGAAUCGAACUGACCCAAGUCCUUCAUAUUCCUUCAUUCUCAGACCAGAAGACUAAUAGAGUUCUUGCUACGGCACACUUGAUUAGAAAUCUUUACAUUUUAGAAUCAGUUUCUAUACCUACGAAAUCUGGGUCUCCUACCUAUACUCCUUACUCUUGCAUUGCUGAUUUGAAUCAAUCUGACCUUUGGCAUCAGAGACUAGGACAUUUGUCCCAUAAUUCUAUAAAACAUAUUGGUGAUUUGUCGCAGCUGAAUCACACUCUAAAACCUUGUGAUAUAUGUCCACUUGCUAAAAUGUGUAAACUGCCUUUUGAAUCCAGCAAAAUGCGAACAAAAUAUGUGUUCUCUCUUAUUCAUCUUGACAUUUGGGGGCCAUAUAGGGAGCCUACUACAUCUGGCAUUUUCUUCGAAAUUCUGGGAUUGUUCAUCAACUUAGCUGUGCUUAUACUCCAGAACAAAAUGGAGUCGUGGAGCGUUCCAAUAGCAGUUUUAAACUGGAAAACUCCAUAUGAGGUGUUAUAUGACAAGCCUCCCACAUAUUCUCAUCUCCGUACAAUUGGCUAUUUGUGUUUUGCCAUUAAACCUGAACCUCAUGUUUCGAAAUUUGAUAAGAGGGCAUCUAGAUGUGUAUUCUUCGGUUAUCCUAGUGGAGAAAAGGCAUAUAGACGUUAUGAUCUUGAAACUAAAUCCACCUUUGUUUCCAGAAAUGUUCAGUUUCGUGAAAAUUGUUUCCCUUUUGCUUCGGUCCAGGCAUCCACUCAACGUAUACCACUGGCAGUUAUCCCCUUAACUGAUGAUGAUCUUGAGGAUAGUACUUCCAUUCCUAGGACAUCUUCUUCUCCCUCGUUUUCAAUCCCUCCUGAUCAGUAUUCAUUUAGUCCUUCCCCUGCAAUUCUCAGGUCCAUGCGAAGCCACAAUAAGCCUGCGUGGCUUAAUGACUUCAUCUGUCAUCUUCCUUCACUUGAUCAAUCUCCUGUCAUCACUUCUUAUGAUCCUGCAUAUAUGGGAUUUGUGUCUUCACUUUCUAUCUUGCAAGAGCCUAGAACAUACAGGGCAGCAGCUUCCAUCCCCCAUUGGACUGAGGCCAUGCGAUGGGAAAUUGCAGCCUUGGAACAAAAUCAUACUUGGGAGAUAGAGGGUGUGGAUUACACAGAGAGAUUUUCACCUGUGGCCAAAUCUGUAACAGUACGUUUGUUCUUUGAUUUGACUACAGCUUUUCAAUGGCCCCUUCACCAAGUCGAUAUCAACAACGCUUUCCUCCACGGGUAUCUCGGAAAUCUUCACCUCAUUUCUCAAGUCAAGGUGUAUCUUUAUGGCCUAUUCAGUAUCAAGGACUUAGGUUGUGCACGCUAUUUUCUUGGCUUACAAAUUGCACGCUCUGCAGCUGACAUUAUUCGUGACUGUGGUCUCCAAUCGGCCAAGCCUGUGGCUACUCGCUUGCCCUCUGGAAUUAAACUCCAUUCUGCUUCUGUUGCUCCUCUUGCUGAUCCAGAACGUUACAGACGUUUAGUUGGGCGUUUAUUGUACUUAUGUUUCACUUGA